AUAAAUGUACACUGAAAAUGGAACAGAAUCAAUAGCUGGACAUUCAAUCUUUUUUCUAAGAUCUACAGUCUGCAAAAAAUGUUUGUCAAGGAAACAAAAUGUUUAAUUCGAUGGAAAAAGCAAAGAAUAUUUCUUAGGUCAUUAUCAGCUCUGCCAAAGAAACAUUUGCCAGACAGUGUUUGUACUCAAAGUUACAUAUCCAGCAAGGAUGAGAAAUUGAUACUUGCUCUGAAGAAGGUCAGCACACCAGAGGCUGCCUUUGAACUAAACGAAAAACAAAUGAAAGUUGAAAAACAAGUUAACAGGCUUAUUACAUUAUCAAAAUUUCAGGGAUUGUAUAAACCAGGGAUCCAGUCAGCAUUGAAAAACGAAAUGAAGUUGAAUGAAAUUAAGUGUACAUUUACAUUUAUUCUGAGAAAUUCUGUGGUACAUAAUCCAUUAUCUGUGAUAUUUAGGGGAUUUUCAAAGCAGGCUGCUACUGUUUCGUCUAGUCGUCAUUACUCUCAGCAGUCUGAUUCUGGUGCCGAUAUGUCAAGUGUCGGAACACAACAAUCAGAAGAAACUGAUAUAGAAUCAUGGGAGAUGCUUGUUGAUUAUGAUAAAUUAACGUCCACAGAGAAGAAGAUUCAUGAACGACACAGGAAUGCUGUCAAGAAGCAACAGUUUAUGUAUGUGGAUCCAUUGACAGGCUACCAAGUGAUGACACGCAGAGCCCAUUUACAGCGGGGAGAUUGUUGUGGUAAUGCUUGUAGACAUUGUCCCUAUGGGCAAGUGAAUGUGAAGGAUGAAUCAAAGAAGAAGAAAUUCAAUUCUGCAUUUUAUGUAUAACUGUUUUGAAUUAAAUUUAUUUAUUUUUAAUUGUAA